ACCCGUAAAUCCGUAAUGUCUAACCCUCUAAUUGUGGAAGAUGCCCUAAGGGAGUGAAAAAUCUAGGGGAAAAGGAUAUUUAUAAAGAAAAGAAACGCAUUCCCUCUUCCCUGAAAUCGAAGAUAAACUCAUUCUUUCCGAUCAAAGGUUCUGCAGUAUUAAGGGGAUAUGUCCAAGAAAAAAAACCCUCAAGUGUUUUUAGAUGUAUCAAUUGAUGGGGAUCCUGUCCAAAGAAUUGUUAUUGAGCUUUAUGCAGAUGUUGUUCCUAAAACUGCAGAAAAUUUCCGAGCACUCUGCACAGGCGAAAAAGGUGUGGGAGCUACUACAGGGAAACCAUUGCACUUCAAGGGAUCAAAUUUCCACCGCAUAAUCAAAGGAUUUAUGGCCCAAGGGGGUGAUUUUUCAAAGGGAGAUGGCACUGGUGGAGAAAGUAUCUAUGGUGGCAAGUUUGCAGAUGAGAAUUUCAAAUUGGAGCAUAGUGAACCUGGACUUCUCUCUAUGGCAAAUUGUGGUCGUGAUACCAAUGGAUCCCAGUUUUUUAUAACCUUCAAGCGUACACCUCAUCUUGAUGGGAAGCAUGUUAUAUUUGGAAAGGUUGUGGAGGGAAUGGAUGUUGUGAAGAAAAUGGAACAGUUUGGAACUUCUGAUGGGCGGCCUAUUGGGCAAGUCAAAAUAGUUGAUUGUGGUGAAGUUUCCUCUGGUAAAAAGGAAACUGCAGUUAGGACUGAGAAAGGUAAAGCUAAAAAAAUGAAAAAGCUUCCAAGUUCUGAUGAUAGUUCAGAUGGCAAAGCUAGAGGACGACGUAAGAGAUCUCCAAAAGACAGGAGGAGAAAGAAGAGGAAAUAUUCUUCAUCUGACUCAUAUAGUAGCUCGUCAUCUGAUCAAUCUGAUUCAGAUUCCGAUUCCUACACUUCAGACUCAGAUUCUGGUUCAGAAUCGGAUGCCUCCUUAUCUGACUCCAGCUCAUCCAGUGAUGAUAGGCGCCGGAAGAGAAAGAGAUCUUCAAAAGGCCCUAAGCGGGUGCAGAAAAAGAGUAGGGGGAGCAGCAAGAAAAGUCGACGUAAUGGGAAGAAAUCUAGACGAAAGUCUAAGCGGAGUUCUGAAAGCUCCAGUGACAGUGAAACGACUAGUGGCUCUGAGGAAGAAAAGUCUAGACAUCGCAAUUCUUCAAAGUUGAAGAAGAAAUCUUCCAUAUCUAUUGAGGAACAGCAACAAAAGGUUCAUGCGCAGAAAGCAGAGGUGGAGAGUGAACUUUCUCGAAGGACUGAACGUAUUUCAAACAGUGAAAAUGGUAGGGAAAUGAAGUCUGAGAAAGUUAAAGAGUCAUCCUAUGAUGGAAGCAGAGAGAAACCUAGGUCCCAGUCUAGUAGUCCAAAGAAUAUUCAAGGAAUCAGCCCAAGGCGUGACACUAGUUUAAGCCCCUAUAAAGGGCAUGAUGGGAGUCCUGAACCACAGCAUGAGAAUAAAGUUCCUGUUGAGGAGCCUGUUUUGCCUCCUGCUUCUGCUCAGAGUCAAGAAGUGUCAAAAUCUAUGCCUGAAAAUGAUAAUGGUGAACCUAAGCGCGUUAGAAAGGGACGAGGAUUCACUGAGAAAUUCGCCUUUGCACGCCGAUACAGAACCCCUUCUCCAGAGCGCUCACCUCGUAGGCCAUUCAAUUAUGGUGGUAGGAAUUAUUAUGACAGGAACCGUGAUAAUAGGUUUUCGAGCUACAGAGGUGGAUCAGAUCGUUCACCUCGCCGUCGUUACAGGAGCCCUCCAAGAAGAAGAUCCCCUAGGAGGAGUCGAAGUCCUUCCCACAGUCCAAAUGACACACGUGGACCCAGGCGGAAUCGGAGCCGGAGUCCAGCACAUGGUUCCAGUCUAAGGCGGGAUAGGAGCCGGAGUCCAGUUCGUGGUUCCAGUCCAAGGGAGAGACGCCCAGAAAUCAGUGAUAGGCUAAGAUCUCGUCUUGGCCCCCGAGAAGAUAAUCGACGUUCUCCUGUAAAAGCAAGAUCAAGAUCUAGGUCAAGGUCCAGGGGACGCAGCUCAUCCCGUUCAAGCUCACCCAAUGUUGGUUCACUUAAGCGCCGGAAGAGAGGGUCUGCAUCUCCUACCAAAUCAACCUCAAGCUCACCUGUCGGGCAGACAGGUCUGGUAGCCUAUGGAGAUGCUAGCCCUGAUGCUGCAUCAACGUAGAUAUAUGCUACGGAAACUAUGUAUCGCACGUUAAAUGGUAAGUUGAAAUUUGGGGAACUUGGUUUACGUGGCACUUUUGAUACUCUGCCUUGGUUCAAAUUUUAGCAUGUUUCUGGUGGUUUUUCAGGCUUUGGCCAUUUAGAUGUAGCAUCUGCAUCAUUCUUAAAUCUUUGUUCCUUGCAACUUUUUUUUUUUUUUUUUAAAUUUCAAUCAUGUUAGGCGAGGAGAUGUAGGAUACAGUUUAGAACUUAGUAAUGGGAUUAGGUCUCGAGUCUUGAUCCUCUGGGGUGAGAAUUUAGUGUCUGUUUCCAAAACUGAUUUUUCUAAUGCAUGACACUGAGUUUUUCCUGCCUCA